UUGGCGCCCGAUGAAAAAGACAGGUACAUUGUGUACAUUAGGACCAGGACCUAUCUACAAUCACCGCCUCAUUGCAAUGGACUAUGGGUAUUAAUAUAUGCCUUUGUCUUGAUUGUUCACCACCCCCCUUAUUUUGGAGUCUUUCAUGGUGUACAAUUAUUGUUCCUUCCUCUGUCCUCCACGACGGUUGUUGUUCUCGUCACAUCCAUUCCUUUGAUUUGCGAUCGGAGCUAUUAUGAAGUUCUCUCCAGUUGCAAUUGCAGCAAUUACUGCAAUGUUGACCAAUGCAGUAUUUGCAGAUGAAGAUUGUUCUACUACUCGAGUCCACGCCCACCAUCAACACAAGCGUGCCGUUGCCGUUGAGUAUGUGUACUCUACUAUUAUCGUUGAUGCCCAAGGUAACACCAUUCAGCCACAGUCAUCCUCAACGUUGGCUACACAACUUGUUUCGACAAGCGCCCAGCAGAAACAACAACAAACUGGUGCUACAACCGUUUUAGUCGGUACUACCAGCUCAUCAGCCGUCGGUACUACCAGCUCACCAGUCGCCGGUACCACUAGUUCAUCAACUGUCGGAACAACAAGUACAAGUACCAAAGCCACUGCAACUGCUACUUCAACUGCAAGUGGUUCCAUCUAUGGUGAUUUGCAAGAUUUCCAAGGUCCAUAUGAGACCUUCACCGAUGGUGUCAUUGAUUGUGAUGACUUUGCCAGUAUCAUUGGCCAAGGUGUCAUCCCAUUGUGGCACUUAGGAUUUGGUGGUUACUCUGGGUUGUACCAUCCUUCCGACACUUCUACUGGUGGUUCAUGUGUCGAUGGUACUUACUGUUCUUAUGCCUGUCAACCAGGUAUGUCUAAGACACAGUGGCCAUCAGACCAACCUUCAAAUGGUGUCUCUGUUGGUGGAUUGUACUGCAGCAGUGGUAAGCUCUACAGAUCGAACACAGAUACCAACUAUCUUUGUGAAUGGGGUGUUGAUAUGGCUGACGUUGUAUCUGAGAUUGACCAAGCCGUUGCCAUUUGUCGUACCGAUUAUCCAGGUACUGAAAACAUGGUUAUUCCAACAUACUUGCAACCUUCUGGUACUUUACCUUUGACUGUUGUUGACCAGGAUACCUACUACACAUGGAACGGUAAGGCAACCUCAGCUCAGUACUACGUCAACAACGCUGGUUUGACUUGGGAAGAAGGCUGUGUUUGGGGUACCUCUGGUACAACAUAUGGUAACUGGGCUCCAUUAAACUUCGGUGCUGGCUACACCAACGGUAUUGCCUACCUAUCCUUGAUUCCAAAUCCAAACAACUUGGAAUCAGCCAAUUAUAAGGUGAAGAUUGUUGCAUCGGAUAGUAGUUCCGUUGUGAAUGGUGACUGUUACUACGCAGACGGAACUUAUAACGGUGAUGGUACCGACGGUUGUACUGUUGCAGUGACAUCUGGAAAGGCAAACUUUGUGUUUUACAGCUAAAAGUGCCUUCUAGCACUGACAGAAAUUUCCCUUAUCCCAACCUUUUCACUAUGAACUCUUUCUAUGUCCUUUUGAUCUGUCUUUUCUCUUUUUAUUUAUGUGUAUUUGAUGUUUACUCGUUGCCUGAAGACCGCAAUUUACAACUCAUGGUGUCCUAUGAGGAAGUGUUCGAUGUUCGUGUACAAAUGUGCUUUAGAUUAUUUGUCUUGUCUCUCUUUUUAACGUGAUUUGAUCUUAUAUUGAGGUGUACUAGCUAAUUCAUAACCCAUAAAUAG